AUGUAUCCACAGCAGCCGAGUAUGUACUAUUCAGGCAACUCGCAGUACGACCCACUGUCUGUACCCCUAACUCCUCUAGACUUGACUUAUAGUCAGUCUAUGAUUCCGAGCAAUUUGCUAGUGGGCUCACCGUACUUUAUAAAUAGUUUUCCAGUGUCCCCUCAGUUACACAGUCAGCAGAUACACCACCACCACCAGGGCCAGGCAGCUGCUCAAGCCCAAGCUCAGGCACAGGCACAGGCACAAUCCCAGGCACAACUACACGCUGCUCACGCACAGGCACAGGCACAGGCCCAGGCCCAUGCUAUACACAAUGCCCACGCAGCUCAUGUGGCCCAAGUGUCACCUUUCAACAAUUCGAGACAGUAUCAGCACCCAUAUGGACAAAACUACCACAACAAUGCAGGAAGCCAGACGUUCGGCUCCAUACAUGGAAAUAACAGUAGCAGUUCCGGGCUUUCUUACAAGUUUGAAACGUCCAACUUGGACUCGCUCUGCCUUUCUAGAACCAUUGUGCUCAAAAAUCUUCUGGAAGAUUUAACCCUUGAACAGGUUCUUAAUGCAAUAGAUUUCGGUCCAAUUGAGUACGUCAGAAUAUUUAAAAAGCCAGCUCCUUCGCAUCUUGAAGACACUCAGUUCACACAAACUUGCCAUAUUUCAUUUUUGAAUAGUAAAAUUUCCAUAAAUUUUCAUUUGAAGUAUGCCAAGAAUAAGUACAACUUGAACAAAUUGAAGUUGCAAUUGGAUUCCAAGAACUUGAAGAUCGUAUUAAACGAAAGGCUGAGCAACCCAAAUUCAAGUGCCAGUGGAAAGCUGGACUUCAUCAAAUUGAAGACUUUAAAUUAUGUCAUGGAUUUAAAGGCUACCAGAAGUAUAAAUUUAAAGGCAAGGGAGUUGGAUGAAGAUGAGAUUAGGCAGCAAUUGGAGAAAUUUGGAGUAAUUGAAAAAUGGGAGAUAAAGCAGAAUACCGAAUCGGACAUCGUAGAGCCUGAAUUACAACCUGAAGCACAGCUGGUAAGCGAACUGGAACAUAAGUCACAAAAGAUUGUGGAAAAGUCAACGAAUGAAGAAACAGCUGAAGAUGAAAGUGCUCUCGAGCCUGAAAAGGUAGAUGCUUCUGCCGAAAAAACUGAAAAUGCAGAAAGAGACUUGGAACAAGAAAUUGAAGCAAAAAACGCUGCUAGCGACGCUGACAGCGCCAUCAGCAUAACAGUGCAUUACACAUCGAUUGAUGCAGCCAUUAAGUGUUAUGAUUUCUACGUCAAAAAGAUUCAAAACACAGGUCCCGAUUCCGACGUCCAAAGCAUUUCCUUUACUAAAGACAGAUGUGACAAAUCUCCAGUAGAAAUUAUUGCUACUUCUCAACCCCCAACCGCUAAUUCUACCACUGCAUCAUCUCCAGUCAUUUCCAGAAGGAAUACCACGUCACACAGCAAUUUCUUACCCAACGAGAGCAUCAUUAGCAUACCUGAGGAUGACAGCUACGGGUCAGAGGGUAGCGAAUUCAGUGAAUUCAACCCUCUGAUGAUUUUGGAGAACAAUGAAUCUAUUCGUAAAUCUUUGAUAAAAAGAAAUGAAGAAGUAUCGUCGCCCUCGAGCUCAUCCGGAGAAGAGGAAAUAAAUGGAGCCGAAAGGAUCCAUAGAUCAUCAAACUCCCAUUCAACCAUGUCACAGUCUAAUAGAUCUCAUAUGUCUCAAUCGAAUAUUUCUGCACUUUCAAUGCCAUUGUCUUCAAUGUCUUUGCCCAUGAUUCCCCCUUCACCUAAUAUGCACCAUCAUCCACACAUGCAUCAUCAAUUCCCAGGUUACUCAAAUAUACCUGAACAAUUCAAUAACGUAGGUAACCGUACGAUUUACCUUGGUAACCUUCACCCAAACACAACUGUUGAAGAUAUUGCCAAUAAUGUCAGGGCAGGUGGGAUUGUCCAAAGUAUAAAAUACCAUCAUGAGAAGAAGGCUUGCUUCAUAACUUUCGUGGAUCCAUUGAUCGCCUUGAAGUUCUUUUUAAACCAUGAGGUUUUACAUCAAUUGGUUAUACAUGGGUAUGAUGUUACUGUCGGAUGGGCCAAAAACCAUUCUGGACCGUUGAGCAGAGACAUUACCUUAGCUGUGACUGCUGGAGCUUCAAGAAAUGUAUAUAUUGGCAUCAAGCCUACGGGCCAUGCCAAUGAGGAUGACUUGGAAGGUCAGUUGCUCAAGAAGAAGCCAUUACCAGAUGAAGAGACUCUCAGAAGAGAUUUCUCUAAGUUUGGUGAAUUGGAACAAAUCAAUUUCUUCCACAACAAAGAUUGUGGCUUCUUGAAUUUCUUGAACAUUGCAGAUGCCAUUAAAUUGGUUGAUUGCUUUGGAAUGAAAAAUGUUGAAAAAGUAAACAAAAUAGUAGGAGACUCAGGAGAAUUUUAUGAGAAGUACUCCCAAUUCAAGAUUAGUUUCGCAAAAGAUAGGUGUGGGAAUCCUCCAAAAUUUAGUAUCCGGAAAAAGGUGAGGGGUCAAAAGAAGACUCGUUCCAAUAUGAGUAGUACAGCCAAUUUGAACAGUUUCAGAGAGGGAGACCUCUAUGAAAGCGAUAUCGUAAAUGAAUUAAGAGAGUCUUCAAGACUUGAGGAGGCAGAAAGGAAGAAAAGAGAUGACUCUGGAGAAAAAGAGGCUACCGAAUAUAAGCCUUUGGAAAGCAAUGUUGAGAGGACUGAAAUGACAGAAGAGGCUGCGAUGGUGUUUGGAAUAAUCAGUAAAAAGGACGACUACGAUGAAGAAGAAGAAGAUAAUGUACAAGAAAAAGAAGGAAAAGAAAAAGAAAAAGAACCAGUCGUAGCUGAAGAUCUGAUUGAGGUAGGAAAAGAAAAAGAAGUGAAACAAGGAAGUGAAGACUCUCCUUUGAAGGAAGUAGCUGGAAUUGACCAUAGUGCUGAAGAUGAUGACGAGGAAGACGAGGACGAAGUUUCGAUCAUUAUAAACUCAGAAGAUAUCUCUACUUCUUCAAUUAUAAGUGACAAGUCCUCUCCUUUGAAGACACCCUCCAAACCUCCAAAGGGUUCUCGUGGUGUCAGAAGAAGUAAUUCUGAACUUUUCACUCCAAAACGUAACGAAUAUUCGAGGAAUUCCUCAAACAUUUCCCUCAAUUCAAGUUAUAGUAAAAAUGGCUACUAUAACAAUCCUUUGAAACAGGCACCAUUACCACAACAAAUCUACCAACAGCCUGGUUUAUACUAUAUGUCACCUCAAAGAGCAUCUCCAUCAGGUCUAACAAGAAAUGGAGCUGGAUCUGUAUCUGGAUCUGUUUCUGGCAGUGGUCCAAAUGGUGGGUACUUCAACUUUCACCCAGCUUCACCCACGCCUCAAACAAUUCCUUACGGACAUGGACAAUAUGGUGCUCCUCCUUUACCUCAUCCACAAGCGUACCACCACUUGCACCAGGUCAAUAUGCUGGCCUAUGGACCACCUUCCCCAUAUUAUGCACCUCACUACUCUUCACAACCGCACUUGCCUAGCGCUAGUAGUACAAGUGGUAGGGGAUACGGAACUUCGGGAUCCCAAGUUAUGGCUCAGUACUUAGCACAAUCUCAACACGAAAAUAUCCUCUAUGCUGCUGCGAUAUAUAACAAUGGACUCGAAAAUGAAGAUGAAAAUUUUCACUUCAAAGGAAGACGUCGCCAAGGUAGACCAUAG